GCGCCGCCUAAUCCCCCUCCAUCCCCGAGAGCCUUCUCAUCCCCCCGCGGCCCCUCGGCGGCCGGCUGUGCCCAUCCGUCCCUCAGGAUCCCGCUAAAUCCAGCACGCCCCUCCGGGCAUUGCUCAGGCCCCCGUCCCCUCAGAUCUCACUGGAUCCCCAGGGCCCCUCGGCGUCUUGGGAACCCCAUCCCCUCAGGUCCUGCUGGAUCCCCCUGUCCCCUCAGGCACCACUAAAUCCAGCCUGACCCAUACCCUAAGGAUCCCGCCAAAUCCCCCCUUGCCCUCUGAGAGUCCUGCUAAACCCUUUCAUUCUCUCAGUGCUCUCGGGGUUCUCCUCAUCCCUUCAGCACCCAGAUGGGUGAUACCCCUCUGGAUCCCACUAAAUCCUCACAUCCCCUCCAUAUCUGUCUGGGUGCCCUGUCCCUCAGAUCCCAUAAAUACUCUUAUCCCCUUUAUUGUCUGGUUGUGUCCCCCCAUCCCCUCAGAUCCCACUAAAUUCCCCCUUCCCCACAGCACCCCAUCCCCUCAGAUUCCACUAAAUCCCUAAUCCCACUUGGUGCCCCAGGACCCAUCUCCUCUUGCAAGGGGAAGAGCUCAGGGAAUUUUGUCAGGGCUGCCCUGAGACCUUUGGCCAGGCACCAUGUUCUAUGUCCAUUUGCUCAUCAGCAAGCGGGGGCCGCUGGCUAAAAUCUGGCUGGCUGCCCACUGGGAGAAGAAGCUCACCAAGGCACAUAUCUUUGAGUGCAAUUUAGAGGCCACCGUACAAAAAAUCCUCUCCCCAAAGUUAGCUAUAGCUCUGCGAACCUCUGGACACUUACUCCUGGGAGUGGUGCGGAUUUACCACAGGAAAGCAAAGUACCUCUUGGCAGACUGCAAUGAAGCUCUGACCAAAAUGAAGACAGCCUUUCGCCCAGGGCUUCUUGACCUUCCAGCAGAGAAUUUUGAGGCUGCUUAUCAGUCCAUUACGUUACCUGAAGAAUUUCAUGAUUUUGAAGCACCACUACCAGAUGUAAGGGCCAUUGAUGUUGCUGAACAUUUUACCUUGAAUCAGAGCAAACCUGAAGAAAUCACACUUACAGAGGAUUAUGACAGCAGUAUACUUCUCUGUGAUAGAAACUUUGAUGAAGAAGCAGCUGCACUGAGGAGACAGAGCUUCUUGGAGGGCAGUGUCCUGUCGAGCAGUAACAGUCUGGUGGCCAAUCCUAACUCAGGCAGCACCAGUGAAGACAAAUCUGUGCUGCAUGAAGAUGUUUACUCCUUCCAGAAUGACAAUUUUGGGGAUGAGGAGGAUGCAGUAGAUAUGAUUGAAAUCCUGUUGAGGGAUGAGCAAAAUGUCCUAGAUACAGACAUUCUUGAUGUGGAGGAAGCACGUCCUUUGUCACAAGAUCUGCCAGAGAACAGCACAGCCAUUGAGUCCAACUGUGCAGACACCACCGUUAAGGGCGCAAACCACACAAUGAAUGAGACAAUCCUUUUGUUCCAGGAAGAAGGAUUUGUGCUUGAGCCAGUUGAUGAUACAGCUGUCACCCAGAGGAAAAAAAAACAAAGGAAGAGGAAGCUGCUGGUGGAUGCAGAGAAGGAGCUCAGCUGCCAGACCAUUUACAAGCAGCUCACCAACUGCACGGACCUCCUGGCCACGCUGGACCUCGCUCCCCCAACCAAGAAAACCAUGAUGUGGAAGGAGUGGGGAGGUGUGGAUAAACUCCUGUUUCUUCCUACACAGCCUAUGAUUCAUGCUCAGCUGCUAAAGUUGUUUGAAAAACGCCUCAAGACUGACAGAUUUAAGAUGAGAGCAAACGGAAUGCAGAGGAUGUCUGAAAUGAAAGAAAUGAGAAAAGAGCAAGAUACUACAGAGAGGCUGCCAGUAGAAGAGCCAAGUUACCUGCAGGAGCCAGCUCAUUCCGAGACUGAGAGAAAAAUUGGAAAUGAUUCCUUUAUGCUGACAUUACAGAAUGACAGAAAUGAAACCAAUGACAACUGUGGUGAAAUUAUAGAGGAUGGAACAGCUUUUUCUGAGAGCUCAAAAAAUUCCCUGGGCCAGGAAGCUGAAGCACAGCUGGAAGCACAGGUGGAAGUGCCAAAGGAGCAAACCAGGAAAGACAGUGAAGAAUUAAGAUGGCGCAAAAGAAGUCUUCAGUUACAAAAAACUUUACAGCAGCUGAAGAGAUCAGGCAUGUGUUCCUUCAGUUUUCGGGAGCUCUGCCGGAGAAAGAGCCGGAAAGAAGCUGCAGCCAUGUUUUACACCUUUCUGGUGCUGAAGAAGCAGCAGGUCCUCAAGCUGCAGCAGCACGAGCCCUUUGCUGACCUCACAGCCACUACUGGGCCCAUGUUUAACAGGACCAGAUAAACUGGUCAAAAUAUAGCUUAGGUUGCAUUUUCCAGCAAAUAGUUUUCCUGGAAAAAGGAUGGAAUGUCUUGUCAAACUGUGGGAGACGAGCAGAGCUCCCUGUCCUCUACACCACCCAGUAAUGGCUUGUGCAGAGGUCCUGCCCCAGGUGAUCACUACAGGGCUUAUUAUUAAUAUUUAUUGUUAUAUGAUGAGUUAUAUGAUAGUUAGGCAAUAUGUUAAUAAAAUACCACUAAAAUAUAUAUUCUACAUAACAUACAUUGUGAAGGAUUUUAGAAAAGUCCUCAAAGGAAUUUUAUAGAAAUCCUUGAAGGGUUUUUAUAAAAGUUCUUCAAACCCUUUCUCAGAGACUACCUUUGGAGCUUAAAUUAUUUUUGACAAGGCUUGUUUCUGUUAAAUCUCUAAUACCAUCAGUAAGAGUUAUGUGUUUAUUCUCUGUAGCCAAAAAAAAAAAUUACUAUUUUAAAUUGUUUCUAUCAAAGAAUGUUCAGUAUUUCAUAUUUUAAUAUCUAGCAGGGUACUGUCUCCAGUGUUGCUUUGGUGUGUUCAGGUAGACAGAGGUUACACUGGCCCUAGAUGAGUCCAGAAGCUGCAGCAAGAAAUUCUAUUUCCUAGAAAUCCUGCAUUUUCAGAUUUCACAGAGCUUUUAAACUUGCUUACAUCUUUAUUCAUAAGUAGACUUAUUUAAAAAUGGUUGUUAACUGAAAUAUUAUUAGUUCCUUGCAUUUUUAUCUAAUUCAGGAUAAAUUUUAUCCCUUUUACUGUCGUUUUUUGAAGCUCUUGGUUUCCAGCUGCCUCCCACUCGGAGGAGGGGUGGUUGUGCCCCAUUCAGGUGCUUUGUUGC